AUGGAGUCGCUUUCAUUCCACAUCUGUUUUCCGGAAACCCCCGAAUGAAGUUCGGCUCGUGUUCGGCUCUGCGAAGUCACUGUAUGUAAACAAGGUCAAGUAUUCGCUGCAGUCUUCAUUCUCCACUGACUCACCAGACGACUUUCUCUUGCAAAGGGACCAUCCAGCGACACAGCACACCUCCCGCAGGAUUUCUGUAAGCACCAGCCAUGAUGAUGCAGUGUCUUCAGUUUCUGGUUGAACCAACCAAGAAUGUUGCAGAGAAGUUUAAGGAUUUUCGUAAGAAGGUGAAGAAUGAGAAGAGAGAACCGCUGGACGAGAGCCAGCAGUUCAUUGUGGACCUCGCCAAGGAUCUGGGACGCGUCUGUCAGAGGUCAGAGGUUUUGGAGCACGUCUCAAAGAGUGAGGAUGUUUGGCCCACUCUCUCCUGCAGGGCCUUCAUUCUGGAGUGGGCAUCACUGCUAGAGAGCAAGAAAAGACCAAUGCAGACUGACGGCUGGCCAGAGAGCAGCGACUGGAAGGACCUGGCUCUGAGCAGUGAGCAGGACAUGGAGAGCGCCAAGAGACUCAUCCUCACCUGGACCAAAGACCUGAGGGCCCAACCUGAGCAAAGUGUCUGGCCUGGAGAGCAGGUGGUGGCGGUUUUGGAUGACUUUGAGAAUCACUGGAAAAGAGGUCGGAUGGCCACCCUGCAGUCGGCCGUGGAGCUGGUGUUCUGGACACUCAUCAACAAAGAACUAGACAAGGAGAACAUUCCCCAAAAGUGGCUCAUGUGGAAGCAGAGGAGCCAAAAAAUAGGUGCCACCCCAUAUAUUCCUCACAUAGUGUGGGACUGGAUCUGUGAUGCAGGAGUGGAGGUGACCCUUGACCUGGACACGGCCAAUCCUGACCUGCUGAUCUCCGAGGAUGAGAGGCGCAUGCGUUGUGGUUUCAAGCGCAAAGACGUGCCCAAUUAUCACCAGCGCUUCGACGGUUGGUGGUGUGCGGUCGGAUCCGAAGGCUUCGCCUCUGGCCGCCAGUACUGGGAGGUGGAUGUUGGAGAAAUGGACUGGCGUAUCGGCGUGGCGAAAGAGUCAGCCUUACGAAAGGGCUUCAAGUCCCUGAACACCGACACUGGAUACCUGACCCUGCGACUGGAGCGCGGCACGGAGCUGAAGGCCCUCACCGUCCCCUUCACCGCCCUGCCGGCCACCUUGAUUCCUCGAAAGGUCGGCGUCUACCUUGACUUCGGCAACGGCCAGCUGUCCUUCUACGACGUGGAGAACCGCUCUCACAUCUACACCUACAACGAGACAUUUGGCGAAAAGCUCUUCCCGCUGUUCGGAACGGUGGAGAUCGUGAAGGACCUGGUGAUCAGAUCACCUGGGAACAGGAGCCACUGCCUGUGUCCCGGCAUGUGCCUGUGGGGUUGAGACCACAGCACCUCCAACCAGAGCCCAGUGCUUAAUCUCUAAAACAGUGGUUCUCAACCGGUCGCAGCCUAAAAAUGUUACCUUUGUUCAGAGAGAGCAGGGGGAAAAAAACAUGCAACAAAUACAUCUUUAUAUACAACAAUUGUAUAUCCAACUUAUUUUGCAAUGCGAAUAUAGGGUUGGGGUAAAAAAAACAACUUGGGAUUCGUUUUUUUCCAUGCGCGAUAGCACUUGUGUGCGCUAGAGACAGGUGUAUGGACCCUUUUCAGAGACUGUGAUGACAGGUUUCCACUGUAAUCAACAUCGCAAAUCUAAUUUUCAUAUUUUCGUUUUAAAAAUAUAGUAUAUUUAAGCAAUAUCACACGUGUAGCAGUGCAAUAUGGCUGUAUAUUAGCACGGCUAUGACUCGGCCGUAGGUAAUCACAGCCAUGCUGAUAUACAGCCAUAUCACACAACUAAGAGUGUGAUAUUGCAUUUAUACAACAGUUCAAUGGCACAAGUGUGUAAGUAAAUAAGAAAUAACAAUGGAGUGUCUUUAAAAACCCUAUUUUGUGCAGAACUACUCCAGGGCUGAAACUGGUAGAAUAUCGCACGGCUGGAAAAGGCUGUCAGCCAAUCAGAUUCGAGAACCAGAACAAACUGAUGUAUUUAUAUUUAUAACAUUAUAGUUUGUGUUAUAUUACCUUGGCAGUAAAUUACAGAAAACAAAUAAACGCUGCUGCGAGGGUGUUUCUAAUACAACAGCUGAGGGAAUGAUGGAAAAUUUGACACCUUUUGCUCUUCUGACUGCUUUAAUCAAUCUCUCUAUAUUUUUCCCUUUUUGGAAAGCUGUGGAAACUCUAUCACAGGUUUUUUCUUUUGUUAUUGGAGCAAAUGGGAAUACAAAAAUUAUAUUUGCUGUCGUCUCCCGUUCACUAUAGAAGUUUACCCAAGUAUGACAACUUCCACUUCUGACAGCCCCGGAAAUGUGAAAAGGGUCCAUAUAUUGAAGUUCAAAAGACAAUUAGAAUCCACUCAAGCUUUGAAGACAGUUUUCUUCUUCGAUCAAUACAUGUUAAUCAUUUUGUGUAUUGUUAAGCAUUAGCAUUUCAUAGCAAGAUUAAGUCUUUGAUUCUAAGGACUACUUUUUGGCAGUAAACACAUACUGUGUUGGGUCGUUUCAUGUAAAAAUGUAUAGUCUUGAAGCAAAACCAGUUGAGAACCAGUGUUGUAGACUUCAUUAGCAUUAGAUAAACCACUGGGCCAUAUUAGUCGGUCAGUUCUUAGUGACUGACAGCGAUCCAUGGCGGUCAAGACCAAUAAUUUCAUCAAGGUAGUGUACGAUGUCUUUCAGCUACUGCUUCUGUGGUACUUUUGAACCUGCGUCUGUCUGCACCUUAUUAUAAUAGUGUUCACCUGCUCUGUCUGCACUUUCACAUUCAUCUGACAAACUGAAAUCACGAAAACGCACUUAUGUGAAUAAUAAAUGGAAAUAAUUCAA